GCGACGUGUCCUCGACUUGUGGUCGUCGUCAUCUCACCUGGCUUCCCGCCUGUGCUCCCCUACACCUCCAGAUUCGUAAUCUCUCAGAAAAUGCGCAUUCCGCAUUGUCGGUCGUUCGCGCUGCCAACUAUGCACCGCCCGAGCUUAAGUUUCAGAUGUGCCUGGGGGCCCAGGCCCAGUCGUCGAGACGUUCUACGUCCUCCAAGAGAACCUUACCGGUCGCCACGAGACGACUGCCGCCACUCCACUCCGGACUGGUAAGCCGAGUGAUGCUUUCGCUCGCUCGACGGCCGACGCGGGCCGGGUCCCCGUUUUUCUCGCCGCUGGGCCGCAUUUCACGGGAUGCCCAGUGCCGUAUUCACUCGACUGGACCAACGUGAAACUCGUAGAUGUAUUCGUCGCCAGUGCACACAAUGUCUCUUUUUGUUACGUCUAAAAUUUAAAUUAAGUUUUUAAAUCUCUUUUCCUCCUCGUUUUUUCACUCUUAAUGCUUAUGUGUCAGAUAAUAGAUAUUUUUCUUUCUUCACUCCUAAUCCUUUUGACUACGGCCGUAGUAUAACAAUCUUUCUAGUAUCUGGUAAUCCGUCAGUAUCUGGAAAUCACGUCAGAAUUAGUCGUUAAAUCUUGUUCAAUAUAAGAUCCACGAUUUUUGUCGCGAAUUUAUAAAUAUCGAUUCUCUCAUAAAUUUACAUGCGUUAUUGAGCCAAUGUUUCAACAUUUAUCACUAAUCACGUGAGCCCCGAUAUGUGUAACUCACGUCAAAAUCGGAUACUAACAA